GGUAAAGAUGGUCAACCAGGUCCAGCUGGUCUUCCAGGACAGAAGGGGGAAGCUGUAAGUAAUUCAGUGUUUCCACACUUUGUCAUGCUCUUGAAGUAAAGGACAGCUAUGAAUUGAGGGCGAUACAAGCAUUGUACCUGACUUUCAGGUAGUUGUAUCUCAUUUUGCAACAGCUGAUGUUGUAGAAAAAUGCUAGCGAUAUAUAAAAAAAUAUUUCUUUGGUCUCUCAAAUGCUGAUUAAUCGCAAUCAAUAGUGCAAGGUUUUGGAAUUUCCUUAGAAUGCGAAAUUUGGUCAGCAUUGCAAACUUGGCCAGGGUGUCUUUUCCUUUGGGCUUGAUAUGAACAAGAAAAGUAGGCCUGCGCAAGGGAUAGUAGGCCAUGAGUAGGUCAGGCGCGUGCGAUAUUGCACGUCAUGUUGACGUCAGGCACGCGAUUGCCAAACGGUAAAAACUACACAAAUAAUGCUCAACAAAACACUUUUAUCGGUGGAAUUCGAACAACGGAAUUCUACGCUGCUGAAAGCAAUAGAUUCAAAACAAUUUGGUUUUGUGCCUAAUUCAUGUACUACAUUUGCUAAUUUCGAUGUUACAUCGCUGGUUGGAAAACACGGAUGGCAAUGGUUCGCGUGUCAGGGUUGCACGUCUGGAUUACAGAAAAGCGUUUGACCUAGUGAAUCACAAUACUUUUAAUUCCGAAAUAGUUCCAGCUGGAAUUCCGCAAGGUACCAAGAUUGGUCCUUGGCUAUUUUUGGCGAUGAUCAAUGAUUGAACGAUCCCUGGUAACUUCUCUGACUUUGCAGACGACAUGCACCACAGUUUCAGAAAAAAAUCUCAAAAACCGUAUCACGUGGACUACAGGAACGGGUGGAUUAGAUAAAUUGCUUGUCGAACGAAAAUAACUUCGAUUCCAGCUAAAUUCUCAGAAAUGGAAAGAGCUUCGUAUUGACUUUAGUAGACAUCGAUAUACAGACGACACAAUAACUGUCAAUACCCAAGCUUUGAAGUCGUUCAAUCUGCCAGAAUUCUUGGUGUAACUAUUAGACAAGAUCUUAAAUGGAAUGAUCAUGUAACCGAGAUUACCCACAAGGCAUCAAAUCGGCUAUAUCUUCUAAGAAUAUUAAAAAGAGCAGGUGUGGACGUAAAUUCUUUACUGCAAUUCUACUGUACGUGCAUCCGAUCAACUCUAGGAUAUGCUUGCCAGGCAUUUCAUAUCAACUUGCUAGUGUAUUUGUCUAAUCAAAUUGAGAGAAUACAGAAAAGAGCUCUUCGCAUGUUUUACCCAGAGGAACAUUAUGGUGACGCGUUAAAAUUAACAGGCCUACAAUCCUUGGCGGAUAAAAGAGAUGCAGAGAACUUUUUUAACUCAGCAUUCUUAACAAUAACCAAAAAUUAGCGAAUUUACUACCACCACUAAAUUCAAACAAUAUAAAUCUUAGGUCUACCUCGAAUCGUUUUGAAGACUGUUUCAUUAACUCUUACCCUUCACAAGCUCAAAGAUAGUUUAUAGUAUUUAAUUGGUGUAACUAUUAGAGAGGAUCUUAAUAGAUAUUCAUAGUAGAUAUUCUUAAUACAUUUCAUAGAUAUUCUAACGUAAAUUUUUAAUAUUGCAUGCAUAAUAGUUUAGCAGAAGUAGGAUUUAAAUUACUUGUAAUACACCCUUCCGGAAAGUACGUCACAUUGGCUAUAGAGCGUCGUUUUCGUGUAUCUGACAUCAUUUAAAGGGCGCAUCUCAAUCACCAAAAAGGAGCUUUAUAGCAGCCAAAGUGACGUACUUUCCGGAAGCGUGUAUUGACACGUAAUUCAGUCCUCGGACCUCGAUGUGUAAAUUUUUAAUCAAUUUUUCCUCAUUACGAAUAUGCUCACGUAAAGUAAUCGGAAAGUGGCAAACAUGAGGAGCGCGAUUUUAUGUUAAAAAUAAAAGAAGCGCGUGGCAAAAUGCACAUGCCUCGAACGGCCACCUCACACGGCCUGGCCUGCACAUACAGUUUAGUUUUUGACUAUACAUUACACUCUUUUUUCUUUCCCAGGGUAUUUCAGGUCCCGCCGGUAAAAAUAGCAGACAAGGUCGUGACGGAAUGUCUGUAAGUUUUUGUUGGCAUUUUUCUAAAUCUAUGGGAACAGUUUUAUUUUAAUGAAGUAGUGACUAAUGAAUGUUGUUUCUAUUGAGAUGUUUGAUUGAGAAAUAUUUUCACACGCUGCUAUUUAACAUUAUGCGUACUUUUGUUUAGGGUAAAUCCGGAGUGACUGGUGAGCGAGGUCCACCUGGUCCUCCUGGACUUGGGGUAAUUAAGAUGAAGUAUUUUUUAAUUAAUGGGCUCGUGCUUUGUUCUUCAUUGCGAUCUGAUGUUGGAUAUUAGUUUGUUUUAGCCUUAUAUAUUUUUAUUGUAGGGCGAGAAAGGUCCUGCUGGUUUCGCUGGUAUGGCUGGUGAUGCUGGUGAGAAGGUAUGGCUUAAUUAUUUACCUCAAGUUGUGUUGAGACUAGUUCCUUUAACAUGGAAUCACACAAGUACGUUUGAAAUUUGAAGCUUGUUGCAACAUAGUCUUAAACGUUUCACGUACAAUCAAAACAAUUAACUUUUUUUUCACUAUGGCAACUGCAAGUUGUCCCAGUUGACCAUCAUCUACUGCACGAAAGUAACUGGUGGAAUCUGCCCAUAUACACUCGAAGAACAUUUUGGUUCAAAUUUUACCUGGUCAACCCAGAAACAACCCUAUUACUGGUUAUUUUACCCAUUUAAGUUGACUGGUUAAUUUAACCAGGAAUAUUAAGGAAGUUAACCCAAACAGUGUUAUUUCUAGAUUAACCAGGAAAUUUUAAUCAGAGUAUUCUAGAAUGUGGGAAAUAAAUAAUAGGGAACCUUUCUUCCUACUGUAGGAAAUUUGUGUGUGUGUGGACAUCUUUUGACACACCUGUCAAAUAGCUGUAUAAAGUUACCUUGAUAUUGAAUGUUUUGCUUUUGUAUCUUCUGUAGGGCAUCCCAGGUGAACCUGGUGCGCGUGGAGGCCAAGGACAAACAGGUGAAACG